AUGAAGCUAUUCGCAAGACUACUUGCAUUUGCCUCGCUGGCUCUCGCUGCCGGACGCACUUCUGCUCCCUCUGGCGCUCUCAUAGUUGGAAGUGGCCAUUACGCCACAAUCCAAGCUGCCGUCAACGCUCUCACAACCACUACCAGCCAGCAAAGCAUUUUUAUCAUGCCCGGAACAUACAAGGAGCAGGUUACUAUCAAGAAGCUAUCGGGCCCGCUGACAAUUUACGGAUACACAACUGAUGUCAGCUCUUACUCUGCCAACCAGGUUACCGUAACGGCGGCCAAUAGUCAGAUGAACCAACCCAACAACGACGCAACUGCUACGAUACGGGUCGCGACUCCGAACUUCAAGAUGUACAACAUCAACGCUGUGAACUCCUACGGCAAAGGUUCCCAAGCUGUCGCCGUGUCUGCAAGUGCCGCAAACCAAGGCUACUAUGGCUGCUCCUUCAAAGGCUACCAAGACACCCUCCUGGCCGAGGCCGGAGCCCAGCUCUACGCCCACUCCUACAUAGAAGGCGCGACCGACUUCAUCUUCGGCCAACACGCCACCGCCUGGUUCGAAAAAUGCACCAUCGGCGUCGUCUCUGCCACGCUAGGCUACAUCACCGCCUCUGGCCGCAGCUCCGCAGAUAGUGGCUACUACGUAAUCAACAACUCCGUAAUUGGCGCUGCUCCCGGUCAAAGCGUCUCCAGUGGUGCGUACUACCUCGGCAGACCUUGGGGCAAUUACGCCCGUGUUGUGGUGCAGAAGACGAGUUUGAGUAAUGUGAUUAAUGCAGCUGGGUGGCGUAUCUGGAAUACUGGCGAUGAGAGGACGGAGCAUGUUACGUUUGCAGAGUAUGGGAACUCUGGCGCGGGGGCUACGGGGACGAGGGCGAGUUUUGCGUCGAAGUUGAGCACGGCGUUGACGAUUGGGCAGGUUUUGGGAAGUAGUUACGCGAGCCAGACGUACGUUGAUACGUCUUAUCUAUAG